GAUUGGGGCGGCUUGUCGGGACCCGCUUGCGCGUGAGCCAUGGACGUGGAGCUAGAGCCGAGAACGCCUUGGCGUUCGACAGAUGGCGCAGCUGGAUGUUUACCAAGCCAAUCUUGCCAUCUCUGCGAGCCGGAGGGAUUCGAACUGGCCUGGGGCCUUGAGCCUGCUGGCCAGCAUGAGAUGGCAGCUGCUGCUGCCGGACUUCGUAUCACACAACGCGGCAGUGAGCGCUUGCCAGCGGUCCCAGCAGUGGCGUGUCCUGAGUGUUAUCGCCAGGAGUCCAUGCAAUCCCAACCUUGUCACCUUCAACACCUGCAUCAGCGCUUGCAAUGGGAGCAGGCGCUGGGUGCGGGCUCUGUGCAUUUUGGAGCUGCUGCCCGUGUUGCGCUGGGCGCCUGACGUGGUGAGCGCGGCGGGGGCGGUGCACGUGCUGCGCGAGGGCGGCGCGCAGUGGGAGAGGUGUUGCCAGCUUUUGCGCUGGAUGCCUGUUGCUGACAUCGUCCCCAACAUCAUCGCCUUCAACAGCACCCUCAGCAGUUGCGAAAGGACAAGCCAUUGGAAAGGUGCCCUGGCCAUUUUGGAAGGCCUGCCCCUGAAAGGGAGGCUUCCAGACGUCAUAAGCCACAGCCUUUCUGUCAGCGGCUGCAGCAAAGCCCGGUCCUGGAAGGAGGCGCUUUUCUGGCUCGUCGAGCCACGAAACGUGCUCACCUACAAUGCUGCCAUCAUCGCCUGUGAGGGAGCCUGGCGCAGGGUGUUCGACAUGCUGUGCCACAUGCGGAUGUCCAGAAACUUGCCCGAUGCCAUUACCUUCAACAGCGCCUUGUGUGCCUGCGCUGGGUCAUGGAUAGCUGCGUAUCAUCUUUACGGCCUCAUGCUCCGCGAGGAGAUGCUGAAUGAAGUGGGUGGCAACACUGCCAUCAGCUGCGAGACUGCGAGAUGGCCCGCUUCCUUGGCUCUGGCGCAGCAGAUGUCAUGCCGGCAAGUGCGCCAGAACGUCGUGACCAUCGGCAGCGUCUGCCUGGCAUUGUCCCGUGGCAAGGACUGGCGCAACGUGCUGCGCCUGAUGGAAACCUCCCAGGUGCGAGCCAACAUGGUGUGCUUCAACACGGCGCUGACUGGCUGCAGUGACUGGCUGCAAGCCUGGCGGCUGCUGGAGCUGAUCACCCUGGCGGGGUGUGUGCCCAAUGCCGUGAGCCUCAGCACUGGCUUGGGGGCGCCCGGCCUGGAGUGGCGCAAGGCGCUGAUGCUGGCCGUGGAGGACAACGAGAUGGUCCAGAACGCCCUGCUCGCGGGGCUGGCGACACGGGGCUGGCGGCGCGCGUUGGACCACCUGGGCAUCAUGCGCUCGAAUCGAGUGGCCCCAAAUCUUGUGAGCUUCAACGCUGCACUCAGCGCCUGCGAGCCUGCAGGGGCUUGGCUGCCAGCGCUGGGCCUGCUGAGGUGCAUGCGGCCGGACCCAGACGUCAUCAGCUACAGCUCCGCCGCGAACACCUGCGCGCGUGCCGUGCAGCCAGCGGCCACCGUCCGGCUCCUGGCCGAGCUGCAGAAAAAGAAACGCCGUCGUGACGCUGAGGCUGUGGAGGGGUUUGAGUUGGAGGCGAAUUCGCUUUGCGCGAAGGUCGCCUUCCAGCAGCGUGGUCUCACCCGGCUCCUGGUUGCAGAGGACUGGCCGAAUGCCUGUGCCUUGCUGGCGGGCCUCCGCGGAGAAGUGGUGGAGCCGGACGUCAUCCACGCCAAUGCCGCGUUUCGGCGCGCCGCCUGGGCGCGUAGCUGGCUGCUGCUGGCGCAGCUCAGAGCUCGGAACGUGCGGCGCAGCGAGGUGAGCUUCGCAGGGGCGCUGAAGGGCGCCCAGUGGCACAACGCAUUGAUGUUUCUUUGGCACAUGCGCAGCUGGCAAAGCGAGCCCAACCACUUCUGCUUCAGCUCCGUCAUCCGCUCUUGUAGCACCAGUACGUUCUGGCAACACGCCUUGCUCCUGCCGCGGCGUGACGUCGCUUGCGCCAAUGCCGCCCUUCUGGGUCUCAGUUGGCAGAGCUCUGUGGAGAUGCUGCGCGGAAUGGCAGCUGCGGCCCUGCAGGCGGAUGUUGCCACUCGCUCCACGGUGCUGCGCGCCCGCUGGGACCUCGCGGGGCUUUGGCUUCAGCUUCCCUUGGGUGAAGUGGGGCACGUGGCCCUUCUCAAGUCAGCUCUGGCCGCUGGCUGGGCGAAGGCACUGGGGCUGACAGCUCAAGCAAGUCAGCUGAACCUCUCGCCGGACAUUGCCACCUUCAAGACACUCAUUGCCGCUGUCUCACAGACGGGUUGGUCACGAGCCCUUGCCUUGGGAGACUUCAAGCCGGAGCUUUCCUGCGAUGCGGGGCCAUGGCAGCGCGGAGAAGUGGCGCUGCGGGACCUGCGCUGCCGUGGUUUGGAGCUGGGACUCGGAAUUCCGCCGGCGCCGUGGCGCCGGGCUUUGAUCUCCGCGCCAACGCCAAGCAGCCCCGUGACUCUGGGUACUGCGCUAGCGGCUUGCCAAAGCUGCCAGAGCUGGCGACCGAGCGUCGCUCUCAUGGAGCAUGCCGCGACCAAACAGGUGGAGGUGAACCUUGUCUGCAGCAACUCAGUCCUGGACGCUGUAGACCAUUGGCCUCGGGCCCUGCAGCUUUUGCAGAACCUUUCGCACCAAGCGGACGUCAUUUCGUACAAUUCAGUGAUCAGCACGUGCGGCUUGUGGGUGCUUCUCCUGGCAAUGCAGCAGAAAGGCCUCCAAGCAAGCCUCACCACGCUGAACUCUGCAGCCAGGAGGGCACCUUGGGCCUCCUCGCUGAGGCUUUGCCAGGGCGUCAUCGCGGACCUGCGAGCAGACAGCUUUACGUACAGCAGCCUUGCGAGCUGCGCCGAAACCGCCAGCCAGUGGCUCCAAGUGAUGGACCUGCUCCGCCAGAUGCCGAGCCGCCGCCUUCGCCCGCCCUUGGUCGUAGCGAACGCCGGCAUCAGCGCGGCGGAGAAGGGCCUGCAAUGGAUGAGGGCACAGCAGCUUCUGGGCGAGUUGAGUGGGCGAGCCGGGACUGUGUCCUUCAAUGCCUGCCUGAGCGCUAUCAGCAGGUCAGGCCUGUGGGUCCAGUCCCUGCACUUGGCGCAGCUUUUGCACCAGCGCUCGCUGCAAGAAACCAUGAUCACGCGCUUCGCGGUGCAGGAGGCCUGCCAGAGGGCGGGCCGCUGGCGCUUCUGCCUUUGGUCCCUCCACUCGGAGGAGGACACCGCGGUGCUGACUAUGGCCCUCUCUGGAUCUGCGGGCGAUGUGUCGAGCUUGGAGAAGUUGAGGAGAUGCCUCCUGCGAGACUUGGCUUCUCACGCAGAGACGGGGCCGGCGGCGAGCUGCCUUCCCGCCCUCGCCUUCCUUCAGAGGUGCAUCGAUCGCCAUUGGAUGUUGACCCCAGAAGGUACCUCCUGCAGGGGCAUCCUCCAGGGUGUCAGAUUGGAGGACUUGGUGACUUGCAUGGACGAGGAGAUGGAGAGGCCCUGUGGCUUCUAUCGGAUCCGACUCUUAGGCCGGGACUUGCCGAGGACGGGCAUCCAGGGCUUGGACGCAUCCGCCCAGACCAGCUCCCGCACCAUGUCCAAGGAAACCUUGUGGAGCUCGGACUGGCUGUUCACAGAGACGCGCAAGAAGCGGCACCAGCUGGAGGUGGACUACUCCCUGGGCCGAGUGGCCGCACCCAGCCCGGACCCCGUGAACAUCCGAAGCCUGACAUGCAUUGCGCGGAUUGUGCUGGAGGCUACCAAGGAGACCAAGCAGGUGCGGAACUUCCUGGAAAUGAUGGGCGUAGAUAUCGACCAAGUGGACGAAGGCCAUUUGGUCGGCCUUUGCAACCCGAAGCACGCUGCGCAGGCCAUCCGGCUCCGAAGCGCGCUGCUGCAGCUGGCGGAGCUUCGCCGGAUCCUGCGUGAGCGGCUUGGAAAGGCGGGUGUGGAUGAGGAGGAUAAAAUGCGUCGGGCACUGCUGCGGGAGAUUCAGAACUUGCGCCGGGCCUUGUCCACCUCGCACAUAGGUGAUCAGGUCACCGGGGUGGAGGCCUCUUUGACCAACCUGCGGCAGUUGCUGGACUCCUUCGAGUUCUCAGACGAGGUGCAGAAGUAUGCCGCAAAGGCCGCAGUGGCCGUGGCAGACAUCAAGGGCAUCAACAUCUCGCAUCCCUUGAUGAAAGCCCUGGCCUCCAAGUACGGGAAUCGCCAUGGCUCCAUGGAGGAGGCCACUGCCGGGCAAGUUCCGCUUUGGAAGCGGCGCUCUUCAGCAUGGAAGAGUGGAGGAAUGCCGCAGGAAGCGGAGCCGUCAUUUCCGCCGGAUGCAGACCCUGGCCAGGCGAAGCGGCCAAGCAGGCGCCGCAAGGUGAGCACGAGCCAGACACCUGGUGCUCCUGUGGCUCCAAAGCUGGAGGUCCGGGCAAAGCCGAAAGCGCGGAGGAACUCCAAGGUAAAGCUGGAGAAGGGCACGCCAUCUCCACACGCGUCGGAGGCACCAGCGCCCAAGGUGAGCGCUAGGCGGCGGAAGUCUGACCCAAGCCCAGACGUGAAGAAGGCAGCCAAGUCUUCAAGCCGGGAAGCGCCGCCAGUGCAGAGUGCGAAACCAGCGACCCCAGCUGCACGAGCAUCAAAGCUGCCAGCUGGACCAGAGGCACAAGACCAACUGGGACCAGCGGCUGCAGCGCAGCCACAAGUGCCCACGCAGCCAACACCAUCGCUCGCGCCUGUGCUGGCGCGCCCGCAGCCAACGCAGGCGCGGCCAUUGAAGCCAUCGCCGAUGCAGCCGGCCGUGGCCCAGCCAGCACCAGCACAGCCAUCAGCAGCGCAGCCAGCGCCAGCGCAGCCAGCGUUGGCGCAACCACCGCCAGCGCAUCCAGCACCAGCACAGCCGUCAACAGCGCAGCCAGCGCCAGCGCAGCCAGCGUUGGCACAACCAUCGCCAGCACAUCCAAAACCGGUACAGGCAUUACCAGUGCAGCCAGUCCAUCUAGCGCAGACAGUGGAGCCAGUGCCAGCACCGCUAGAGCAUCCCUCGCAAACCCAACCGACCGAAUCAGCCCACAUUUCAACUGCUGCGUUGGCUUUGGCAAUGCAUGCCACGGAUUCGAACUCUCCUGCCCUGACUUUACCAGCCCUGACUUUACCGACUUCGCUCUCCCCUUCGCUUGCUUCGCCGGGCGUCGACGCUCUCGCGCAAGAAUCGCAGCUCAAGAGGCUGACAACUGCCUCAACCCCGUCUGAACCGGAGCCAGUGGACGCUUGGCAGCCGGCUGCAAAAGCCAUGCCGACUUCACCGGAGGUGCAGUCAGCCCGCCUCUCCAGGAAGACCCCAGAGGCACCGCGGCGCCAGCUGGUCGAGAGCCCAGUCAAGGAUCGCCCAGCCACCUCGGAGAGCCGCUUGAUGCGAGGCACACCUCCGCAGAAGAGAGUGAACUGGGCCUCCUUGACACGCGUGGACACGAAGCCGGAGGUAGAAGCUGGGCCGAUGGCGCCAAUUGUGUCGAAGGUCUCCACGGAUGGCCGGAGGCCGAGCUUGCCAAG